AUGUCCCGCCCUAUUUCCACCUGCUCUACGGGCUACGAGACCGAUUCCUCCACCGGAAGCAUGUGGUCCACCCAACAACCAGUCCAGAGCCCCGAUACCAAGACAAAGAUCAACAACAAGGGCCAGUUCGUGACCGUCAUCAACCACAAGCAGCAGAACCGCCAGGACGAGCCCAGUCCGACAUACAAGUCAGCCAAGACAUAUGGCAAACAGGGCUAG